AUCGCCCCGGCCGUGCGGCGCCUGCGGACGCAUGGCGGCAGCAUCCAGGUGCGGCGGCUGGCGGCGGCGCUGGUGGAGAAGUGGCGCGCAGAGACGGUUGAUCAGGUCAGGCGCGAGAAGCGGCGGAACCCCCUGGGCCUCAAACAGCAGCAGCAGUAG